AUGUUGAAGUUGUGGCUCGGGCUCGCGCUAACGGCUGAUUCAUCGGCUUUAUUCAGGGAUCGUAAUAGUUUUGGGAUGAAUCUAAAAAGACCAUCGGAGCUCUACAAACACCUAAGAGUUUCCAAGAGACAUAUCCUGGGAAAAUCCCAUGAUGACGUCGUUACAUCACUCCCAAAAGACAAUGAUGCCCCAGAGCUAGAGUCACGACUUCAAUUCCAUAAACAAUUUAUGAUCGGAGCGCAAAAUAAACAGAGUAGGGUUAGGAUCAAGUAG